GGAGUUUACAAUGUUGGCUAAUUCUGUAAACUUUGCUCCCACAGAGUCAAUAAAUUCACUUGUCACAGCUUUCUGCAUCCAGUUCUGCGUCAGAAAGAGUCAAACUCAGUGAUCAUGGCAUUAAUGGGAACAAUUAUUUGGCUGCUUUCACUAGCAGUCUUGUCCUCGUCUAAAGGCGCAGAUGAAACUUUACCUCAGAAUUGCAGCUUGAAUACUCAGCUAUUGGAGAAUCUCAAGGUGGCGGUAGAGUGUGGCGACAAACUGCAGGCUGCAUGGAGUCCACAACAGACAGCUGAAAUGCUGCUUUCAAUGAGGAAUGUGGCUGAUGUGCUGCACAAACAGCAGCUGAAAGAAUGCCAUGGUACCGAGCCACAGAAAUGCCAUGAACCUGAAGUUCCUGAAAAUGGAGGGUUGGCAUGUGUCACAGUUGCCGACAGACGUUUCUGCAAACCUCUGUGCAGCCAUGGUUACGAUUUUGGCUUUCUGAGGAUUAGUCGUGUGUAUGAGGAGUGCAGCAAGCAGACACAAUUUCAAUGGCAGACUCAGUACAUCGGAGGAAACAAGCUGGCUGUGUGCAACGUAGCACCAUUUCAAGUUGCAGGAGUAAAGACGGCAUAUUUUCCUAAAGAUCAGGACUGCCUAACAACCAAGAGCAACAUCCAACUGUACAACAGCACCAUUGCAGAUUUAACCACUGAGCUGCAGAAUGAGGGCAUACAGGGAGAGCUACAGUACGACUGCCUCGUAUGUGGAUAACUGCAGAGUAGUGUGAGAAAAAUGCAUCAACCAAGUCAUGAAUAAUGUGUUGUAAAAGUUACAGAGGAAUAAUAAUAAAAAACCUCUAUGAAAGUUUAACUGAUUCCAACUUUUCCUGAACCUGGAUGGUUUCCCUUGUGCACAAUUAAAUGUUAGUACAUAAAAAAAAUAA